GUUACCACAAGGUGGUCCCAGUCUGUUGGAAGGGAAAGGAACAAACUGCUGAGUACACAGACUAUAGAUCAAGAAAAGAAACCAGGUACAAAGCCUGAAGAGAGCAAUGGAAGUACAUUGGCUGCUCGGAGCAGCAUCACUACAGAGACCAUUGAGGACAAAACACAGUUGCCUGUAAGUGCCUUAGCAGAUGAUCUUCAGCAAGUAGCUGAUGAUGGGGCAGAGGCAACAUUAAUGGGAAUGGAAGCCCAGGAGGAUCUUGGCUCUGGGGAAAACCUCUUGACUGAUCUUGAACCGCAACCAGAUCCUUUCAGUGCUGAUGAGCCUUGUUCAGUUGCUUUAGCAAGUGCUUCAGCAGAAGCUUCCAGUGACUCCGGAUUCGCGGAUGUUGCUGUAGAAGCAGUGGAACAUUUGAUGGCCAAACCACUUUCAGAGGAAGAGAUCCAAGCCAUGGGAGGGUGUGAAAUGGAACAAACAGAGGUCCCUGCAAAAAAAGAUGAUGAAUGUUGUAAGACAGACGAUCCUGUCCAGCAAGAUGAUGAUCCGAUUAAGGGUGAGGCACUUGCUAUAGAAGAAAUAAAGGCUGAGAGAUCUGAACCUGUCCAGGCUGAGGUUCCUCCUGUCCCAGCUGGGGCAUUUCCUGAGUCUUCCAACCCUGUUGAUGAGCCUGAGGCACGGGAGGCCGUAGCUGAAGUCCCCGAUGACGCAAUCCCGUCUUUAGAGAGUGAAACUGAAAAAUCUCCACCGCUUCCAGCUUUACUAACAGCUGAAUCUCUUGCUUCAACUGAGACUGCAUCAAAUGAAGUGGAACCAGUAGCUGAAAGUUCUAAUGAAGUAGCUGGAAGUGCUGCUUCGGUAGAAGAUUCAACCAUUGCUAAGUCUGCGGAGGUAAAAGAGGCUAUCAUAGAUCCAGGGAUCGCAGUAGCUACAAUUCCCGAGAUGCCUCCUUUAGUUCCGGUUACAGAUGAGACGCAAGCUGCUGUUGACGAGUCCAAUGAAUCUGUUGUGAUGCCUUCAGAAUCCGCUCUACAAGCAGAAGCUUCUGGUCCUGCAGAAACAACCUCUCUUAAGGAGCCUGCCUUGGUCCUGGAUGUCCCAGUAUCUUCAACACUGCUUUUAGAAACAUCAUCAAAGGAAGAAUCAGAAGCUGCAUCAGCUUUUGGAGCCUCUCCAUCGACAGUGACGAGUGAUUGCACUGUACAAGUUCAUGCAGCUGAAGCUACCCAAGCAGAAAUUGCUGAUCAAGCCUCUGAAUCUUCGACCGAAGUGAUGUCAGCAGCAGAGUGCCAUCAGGGUAUGGAAAAAGACAGAGCCAAAAAGGAAGAGUGAAUUGCCAGAGGAAAUCAACUACAAAAUGGAAAAACACCCAAAGCUUCAAAUGCAAAGGCAACUGAAGAAAAAAAUCGAUGCAGCAACAAAACCAAUGUACCCCAAGUGUAUAUCUGAAAGAUUAAUUACACUUGUUGCUUAAUUGGUCACUUUUCAGAACAGAUAUUGGACAGAUUAUAUUCCUUUGUAUUGGAAAUAAGUCAGCAUGGUACAAAUGUAUUCAAGUGACAUCUGUGACAAAUACUGAUGAUUAACAUUUUACAGACAAAAACAAAUACUACAUAGUGCCAAUAACAUAUGGUUUUCAGGUGCAAAAAAAGUCAAUGUUAUAAAGGUUUUAGUUUAGGUCAAUUCCAUAAGUGUAAUUACAGUUGGCAUUUGCCUACUAAUUUGCUUGAUGUUUUUCAUAGGACAGUGUAAAGAAUGAGUCUUAGCAUUUGGUUAAGAAUACAAAGGAUCUAUAAAUGAAGUUAACAAGAUGAGAUGGAUACAACUAUGUUAGCACUGCAGAGACAGAUCACAAAGCAAGGCACUGGUGCUGACUUCAAUUGAAUUACCUCUAAUUGUGACUGAAUAUAACUCCUACAUGUCUAACAAAAUAGAAUUCAAAUAAGAUGGAAGCUGCAGAAAUAUGUACUUUUUCAUGUCUUUUGUCAACCUUUUUCUAUAUAAUACAAUAUAUUCCUUUUAUGUAAUUCUGCUAACAGCGUACAGAAUAAAGUUUCACUCAGUAAA